ACCCAUAUUCGGAUGUGCGUGGGCCGAAAUAGAACACAGCCCCGAUUAGCAGUCUAUUUUGGGAGGGGUGCCCGCUCCUUCUUAUCCAAAACACACAAUCCGCCGCAAGAAGCGCCACCGAUUCCUGGUGGCCCUAACCCGAAGUGGCAAGCUGCUAUAAAUAAAGCCAUUCGCGUGAUCACAUAUGCACGUAUAAUCGGCGGGAGAGUGUCGCGCCAUAGCUAGCUUAGAGGUGUAUGUACGUGUGAGAAACCGUGAUUGAGCGGGAGAUACCUUCGAAUCCACUCGGAUCUGUCUGUUCGGGCCGGACCCACUUGUAGCCCCUGAAAACCGCACUCACAUUUGUUUGUGCCACAAAUACUCGUCGCAACGCCGAGAGGGCUGGGCUCUCGAAAAAGCUCAUGAAUGAAAAACAGCCAAAACAGAUUUCGAAUUUGUUCUUUUUGGCUGACGUAUUCCGUAUUCCGCUUUUCGGUGCCUUUGCGCGGACGGAUUGUGGAUUGGGUGUUUUUGGUCGGGAGGGAGUCUAUAGCCGGCAACAAGUUGGAUUUUUCUAAAAAUGAACACACACGAAAUAGCUUCGUCUUUGGCGUUAAAUACAGACAACGACGUCGGUGUCGAGCAGCAGCGACAACGCAUCUCUGCCACCGAACGAAGGAAUUUGAUUUUCAUUUGAUUUUCUUCUGGGUCGCUCUUCGUGCGCGAAAACCUCUAUUGUGUGUGGGGCGUGCUCUCCACUGCUGGCCAUCUAAGGAGCAUAUUCCACAGAAGCGAUGCUUUCCUCGACUCAGCUUUCCCGCAGCUAGUUGCGUUUUGGAUGUCAACACGAUGUACACGCGCCCAGUGGCUAUGCUGCUGAACCGACUGAGAGUGGGAGCUUGAACUGACAUCGGGAGUACUGCCACUGCCGACCCAAUCCCAGGACACCACCAAACAGCCUGCACAAAGACUGAAUCCAAACCGGAACACUAUUAGUCAGUAGUUUUUGGACACCAUUUCGUACAAAAUCCAACGCAUUGAGGCAGGACUAGCAUGCAAGAACUAACGACUGUCGGCGACUUGAAUGGGAGCAGCAGCAAGGGAGAGUUCGCACCGGUGGCCCCCGUGAUGAACCUGGAGCAGAUGCUGCCCAACAUCAAACUGGAGCACGAUCGUGACCUGGAGGGCUGGCUGCCCACCCCAGAGCAUUCUGGUCUACGGCUGGAUCUGAACACGACCCGCCUGCUCUUGCAAGGCUCCGAUGAUCCGCUUAUCUCCCACGGAGCCGCCACGGAUGCCCACGAUGACGACCAUCCCUUCCGGACCUUAUUGGCUCGCAAAUCUGUUGGACACGAGCAGCCGCACAACGGCACGUGUAGCCCCCUUACAAAGCAGCAGCUGAAGGCCAACCUGUUGAUGAGUAGUCGCAAAGCGAAGAAGCCACUGCAACCGGCCCACGAGGAGGUUUCGGCCGCUCAGAAGAUGUCCAAAGCGGGACAAACCCAAACGUCGACUCGUUCCCGGAAACGCAACUCCGUGGCAGGGGCCAUGAAGCUGCGAUUCCACCACCAGGCUUUGCCUGCCGAAUAUGCAGCCCACUACGAGGCCACCCAGGGUAGGAAUUCCAUCCGACCCCCGCAACCCAAUCAUCCGCCACCACCUAGCCAGAGCCACGAAAACGUACGCAGCUGGCUCCGAAAGAUCGCCGAGAUCCAACGCGGCACCGAAUGCCAACAGCAAAAGCAACUGCACGCCUCGCGAGAUUCGGUACCUCCCGGAUCCAAAUCAUCACAGGCCACAGGAAUAACGAUGACACCGGAACGCGUGCUACCGUCCUUGCCAACAGUGCCUCUGCGCGUUCCCAGCCCCGAAGUUGCUGCAACGUCAAAACGCAGCUCCCUGAAAUUCACCGACCUGCCGUACAUGGGAGAGAUCACAUUGGACAACUACAAGCCGCGCCGCGGACGUAAACCCAAAAAAGCGGAUAUUUGUCACCUGAUUUACAAGAACUACGGAACCAUUGUUCCAUCAGCAACCUCCGUCAGAAGUGCCCAUCCGUCAUCGGUAGCCGGUUCUAAUGCCACCACAGCCGUCUCGACCGUGUUGCCAGCAGAGGAACCGCUUAACCUCUGCCUGCGUGAUCAAAGCGAGGAGCGCUACUCCAUAUCAAGUGAGGAUAGCGAGAAGGCCACCGAAUGCGGAAGCUGCUCCCAUAGGACCACGCCACAUAGUCCAUCCGGGCCAUUGUCCUUGGAUCUGGCUCUCAGCAAGGAGCAACCACUGACAGCCGCCAAGUUACUGCUGCAACCAGUGGGACUCUACUACCAGCAACUGGUCGAGUCUUGCAGCCUGGGCGGAUUGCCUGUGCCUGUUGAGACCAUCGAGAAGGACAACCAGCUGUCUCUGAAGAUCCCCAUACCAAGUGGUUUCUUUUCCAACGAUACAUCAGCGCUCGGGUUGCGAAAGCGCAAGCGUUCAGCGAUUUUCAUCCCGCCCAUGCCCACCGAAAGCUCUUCGAGUCCGUCCACCGAAGUCAGCAUCUGCAAGUUCAAGUUCACAGGAGGUGCCAAACCGACGCUGCAGGAGAAAAAGAUGCUCUCAGUGGAUGCAGAGGGCAAUUACAGGUACUACAACGGCACUGGUGACAAGACAAUGCGCGGCUACGAAUUCAUUUCCCGGGAACAGCAGCAGCAACAGUUGCAGCAUCAGCAUCAGGGACUUGAUAAGCUGUACGUUGACGUGCAGCCGCCCUCUACGGAUCUAAGCCUAGAGUUGCUGCACAUGCCGCCAGAGUCGCCCACGUCGUCCCUCCUCCUACCCCCCAGCAAUGGCUUGGAGCACGCAAUGCAGCCCCACAGUCCGGCCUCGCAGUGCUCUAGUUCCCAAAGUCCAAUGCCUAGUGUGAUGACAACCACAAAGACGUCUGGUGAAAGCGAACAAAAGCGGAGGUCAUCGCGCAGGACAAAGCAGCGCGAGAAGCUGGAAAAGACGUUCAAAGAAAAGGGAUUCCUCAUACAGACCCAGCAGUUGCAAUCCGCUGAAGGAGCCACCUAUUGCAAGUUUCGACAAUUGAAAAAAUUCACGCGUUACCUGUUUCGCAACUGGAAGGACCACAUACCCGAGAGCGAUCUGGCCAAGCACCAAAGCGGAGUUCGGACGGAGAUCAAGGGCAAGCCUCAGUGAGCCAGGAGACUCAGCCCAACCGAACCAUAUAUGGCACCUCUCCUUGCCCAGCCACACAAAGCACUGCCAAAGAUUUAGUUUAAGACCCACGAUUACCGUACCGCCACCGAAUGGUUGCCCAAGCGGAUUGCGAAGUUUUGCAACCCAUGCCAAUUCCGUCCAUGCGGUCUGCCCCUCAUCGCCAUCUACGAUCUUCCUAGUCGCUCAUCCGUUUAUCUAGUGCUUAGUGUAGAGUUAUUUUUAACAAAUAAAAGCAGUUAUAAAACCUACAAAAGUUAAAUUUAGUUGUACAAACAAUAUGUAAGUUAAUAAAUUUUAAAUUUUCAGGGUGGCUUUCUGAAACUAACUGAUAAUUUGACUUUUACCAUCCACAAAUAUAACGAAAUAGAGGAAAAAAUUAGAGGAUAUUUAAACACAAAUGUUACAUUAAUAAACUUAUUUCAAGGCGCUGCUUAACCAUUGAAUAAUAUUUAUGUUUAUUUCAAUGUCCUUAGAACAUUAAUUCCCUGAACUUC